AUGUCCUCCACCAAAGACCAAUGGAGUGCCGAGGCAUACUCAGCCUCUGCAUCCUUCGUCCCCAAGCUCACCCAGAAGCUCCUCAGCUACCUGGCCCCGCAGCCUACAGACAAGAUCCUAGACGUCGGUUGCGGCGAUGGGAAGUUCACUGCCAAUUUCCUGCCCGCGGUGGACUCCGUUCUGGGUAUUGAUGCCUCGCCUGCUAUGAUUGAGUCUGCAAUGAAGGACUACAACGACCCCAGGGCUGAAUGGCGUGUUGUGGAUUGUAGGUAUUUGGACAAGGAGGAGACGAUUGUUAAUGGGUCGUGGGAUAAAGUUAUCUCCAACGCUGCUUUGCACUGGAUUCUACGCGAUAGCUCCACGCGUUUGAAUACUCUGCGCGCUAUACAUGGUAGUCUCAAGCCAGGUGGAACUUUCGUCUUCGAAAUGGGCGGCCACGGGAACGUCCCUGAGGUCAUGACGGCGCUCAUCUACACCCUCGUGCAGCAUGGUGUCCCUGCUGAAAAGGCGAAGGCAGCGAACCCGUGGUUCUUUCCGUCUGAUGUGUGGAUGAAGAAUGCUCUCGAGAGCAUUGGAUUCCAGGUUGACAAAGUGGAGAUCGAAUAUCGGCCGACAAAGCUCACUGCUGAAGCUAAUGGCGGACUUGCGGGUUGGAUCAAACUGAUGGGUGCGCCGUUUUUGGAUGUUCUUCCAGAAGAGAAGCGGGAUGACGCUGUGAAGCAGAUUUGUGAUAUACUCGAGCCCGUAGUCACGAGAGAAGAAGACGGCAGCCAGUGGUUGGGUUAUGUGCGUUUGAGGGGUAUUGCUAAGAAGAUAUAA